CCUGUGACGUGGGCAGUUCGUGGCUGACUUCGACACUGACUGCAUGCUGCUGCGUAGUCCAAUAUUAUGACACAGUUUCAUUUAAAAGUGGAGUUUCACUUUCUGUUUUAAGUCUCAAAGGUUAUUGCCGGCAGUUUUGCUAUAAUACUGCCAGUUUGGUUAGUGGAGAGUGAAGAUUUUCAAGGAGUUCAGAAAUCCCGAAGGAUUGGGAAAGUUAAUGUCGACGGUGAAACAGAUUCGACCUUUGUUUAAUCUUCGCACGAAGAAUUAGUAAUGAGUAUCCAUGAUAACUCCUGCUUUGCCAGAAGAAGUGCAGAGGGUUGGAUACAAAGUUUCGUCAAAGAAAGAUCACAGAUAAACCAAUGAGCUCACCAUGUCUAGGAGAAAACUGUUUGCCCACUCCUCAGGGGAGAGAGUAAGAACGGGAAAGGGAGAGUUUCCUCCAAAGAGAAUCUCAGGUGGUGACGAGAGGGCGUACAGGAGUGAGAUAUGCCAACUCAUGGAGUGGUGUCACAGCAACAAGACGAAAGAGCUGAUUGUGGACUUCAGCAAGGAACUUCUUCGUUGGUUAUCGUGUCCGUAUAUGAUAUGCAUAGCAUUCUUCUGAGGAACCACAUCUCUGCUGCAUUGAUUCUUUUUUCCAUUGCAUUUGCGAUGGUCCAUGACUCGCAGCCGUCCAUCAAUAGAAGAAGAAUGUAGCAGCUGAGAGUUCUAAGAUGUUACCCAUAAUCCAAGGUACUUGAAGUUGUGAACUUGUUUCGGGAUUUCGUUUCCCAAUACGAUCCUACAGUUUGGGAUAUCAGUUAUAUUGAAGAACGUCUGAUUUUGUGUGCCACGGUUCCUGAGAAGACAUUGGAAAGAAAGCGUUUAAAAGAAGCAAAUGGGGGCAGCUGGCAAAAGUUUCACACCACAACGCCUGAGAAGACAUUGGAUUGUGCAUAAUUAGGUUCAUGACAUUUUGAAUUGGAAAGUGGGUGAGCCAGCAGAAGCAUGCACCAAUUGCUGAACAGCUGACCUUUGACUUUGAAAGCCAUGGAGCAUGGGAAUAUGACAGUCCUUGUACUGUCUGAUAUGGCCACAUCUGAUGAUCCAGAAGAGAAGGCUCAGAUCCUGCAAAGAUAGGCCGUCCUCAACCGACCGUCACCUAUUAAAGAUGAGGUGAUGGACAGGAUUCCCCAGGUUGACAUCGCCAGCGCCAUGGAUGACCCACCAGCAGUAGCCGAAGUCACAAAAGCUGUCAGCCAGCUAUCCAGUGGCAAAGUCCCAGGGGUGGAUGCCAUACCUGCAGAGAUCUACAAAGCCGGUGGUCCUGUACUUAUAGAGAAGCUCGCCGAGUUGUUCCGGUCUUUUUGGAAGGAAGGAUCCAUCCCUCAGCAACUUAAAGAUACAUCUAUUGUAUACCUCUACAAGAGGAAGGUCCAUCGACAAGUCUGUGACAACCACCGAGGAAUCUCGCUGCUCUCCAUCGCGGGAAAAACUCUUGUAAUGGUCCUGCUAAAUCGUCUGGUCACGCAUCUGGAGCUGGGCCUGCUGCCAGAGUCACAGUGUGGCUUCUGCAAAGGUUGUGGGACUACUGACAUGACUUUUGCCGUGCGCAACUUCAGGAGAAGAGUCCGGAGCAGAAUGGCGAACUCUACACAACUUCUGUUGACCUCACAAAAGCCUUCGACACUGUCUGCCGACAAGGCCUGUGGAGAAUCAUGUCAAAGUUCAGCUGCCCCACCAAAUUCAUUCAGAUGGUACACCAGUUGCAUGAUGGCCAGAGGGCUGGACGGCAGAGAAUCCUCUGAGGCAUUCCCAGUCACCAAUGGCGUCAAACAGGGCUGUGUGCUCACACCCACACUGUUCACUGCCAUGCUGAAUGAUGCCUUCCAGGACAAUCAGCCUCAAGUAGAUGGGAAGCUCUUCAACCCGAGGAGACUUCAAGCUAUUACCAAAGUGUUCGGAGAGACUCCCUCUUUGCCGCUGACUGCGCCCUGUAUGCCGCCUCGGAGCCGGAGAUGCCAGUCAAUAUGGACAAAUUCUCCACGGCUUGUGACAACUAUGGACUCACCAUCAACAUCAAAAAGACCAAAGUCCACCAGCCUGCUCCUCAAGCACCGUACACUUUAACCCAAAAUCACAAUCCCGGGACAGAAACUACAGGCAGUUGACCAGUUUACUUACCUUUGCAGCACCCUCUCCCGAGUGGUGACUAUUGAUACAGAAGUUAACCGCAGAAUAGCAAAGGCAAGUUCUGCUUUCGGUAGACUGCACUCCACUGUAUGGGGACGUCGAGGAUUCAGCCCAGCAAUGAAAUCGAAGGUCUACAGAGCCGGGGUACUCACUACCCUCCGGUAUGCCUGUGAAACGUGGACUGUGUAUCGAGGGCAUGCAGGACAGCUCAACCAUUUUCACACGACUUGUCUUCGCAGAACAUGAGGCAUCAGAUGGCGAGGCAAAGCACCAGACACUGAGGCUCUCUCUAGAGCAAGUCCACACACGGCUGAUGAGAGCACAGAGCCGGUGGGCAGGUCGUGUCAUCCGCAUGCCAGACGAGCGCAUACCCAAGCAGCUCCUCUUUGGGGAUCUCUCGCCUGGAGGGCGGAAGAAACGUUACAAAGACACACUAAAGAUCUCCCUAAAGUCACUUGACACAGACACGACCACCUGGGAAACGCUGGCACAAAACCGUACUACCUGUCACUGUCAAGCUUACGAAGCAAGGCGGAUGGCUGAAGAACAACAUCAGCAUGAGCUGCGCAAGUCCAGACCCACCAACGCAGUGCCCACACGUCCACCCAACAUUCCGUACCGGAAUUGGCCUCACCAGUCAUCUUCGGACACACCAUACCCCGUCUAAAAGUGACUAAUGCUGUCGAGGUCUUCAUCGACAAUGAUGGACAAAUCUCACCUGACCAGAUGCCAUUUAAACAAGGUGAAUCUCUUCAGCACACGCUCAAACAUCCUUGCUGUAAUGUGCUACCUGACUCGUACAUGAUACUCCAAACCAAACCUCAGCUCCCUUCUCAUAUCCGGUACAUAAGUCUUCGGUGGUAGGUCAUCCUCGUCAGUCCCAAAACAAAGGUCGAUGGGUAACCUUGCCUCAUGCCCAAUCAUAGGAUAAUAUGGGUCCAGUCGCCACAACUUCUCUCUGAAUGGGGUAUCCUCGAUCACCCGGAUAGUGUGACGAGUGCUGCUGGAACAACUCAUAUCCAACUCUUCAGUGGAAAAGACACCUUCCAGCUUCAACAUCUUCUCUACCAGCCCGCAGGUACCGGGGAGUCCUCAGAGUUGAAUGACUCAGCGAUCAACUUUCCCCCCUUUGCAGAGGGUUUCUCCCCAGCUUGUUUCACAGGGACACGAGACAUUAUCGUCACUGGGAAGAGAUGUGCAGGGGCAUCCCCCGCUUGAAGGUGACCUCCCUCUUCAUAGAGAUCCUGACUAUCACUGCCAUCCUGUUCACCUGUACAACCAAAGGCUUCUGCAGUUUAAGCCUCACCUGUACCCCAGCAGGUAAUCUCCUCAUGGUCUUCCGGAGCAUCCAAUAAGAGGGCCUCGCUCUCAGGUAUUCUGGGAAAUUUGGGGGUCCCCAUCACUCUCGCUACUUCCCCGGGCAGUAACACGAUAGGCUUGGACUGGGUGAACCACACAGUCCCCCGUCUAAACUCAUUAUCCAGCCCAAUGCAGCCACGCACUUCCUCAAAAGCAACUUGAAACACCAGGUGACGGAAAAUGUUCUCAGAAAGCUCUCUCCUGAUUUCUCCUUGCAGGCCCCCAUGAGCUUCCUCACCAGAGGAGUGUUGGUCCCCACAAGAAUUGAAGCACCAUCCUUCUCAACGGGGUCUAGACAAUCUAACGCUAAUGUAUCAGGAACCUCAGCCACACCCACAUUGGCCUCUGAAAACUCAGCUUCACUGACAAAUAACCAUCGUUUGGAUAAUCACCCUAAGACCCCAGAUCUCCAGUGCACUGAAUGGUUUCAAUGGUAAAUACCAGGUGUAAUAUGAAUGUUGCAGCAACCUGCGACCCUGUGUUGAAUAUGGCAUUAGCAUAAAUACCCUCUAUCCGUAAUAAUACACUGGAGCUUGGUCCCACUAAGCCUUCAGGAAUAGGUUCUUUCGUUUUCAAGGAUUCCUUGGUAUAUUUCUGGGAACAUGUUCCCCCCAAGACACCAGACCAUUCCCUCAUUGAGUCUCCUCUAAGUCAGGUCUCUGCUUAGGUACUCUCACCUAAAGUGCCCCUCUUCACCACAGACAAUACUGUGUUUAACCCCCUGCGUUUAAACCCCCUAUUGUCUGUGUUUAACAGACAAUACUGGCUGAUUCCCUUCUUGUGGAACCCUGGCCACCUGCAGCCCUCUGAAUAGUCCAUCCACU